AUGGCCGAGCCCCAACCAUCAGAGAUCCAAGAAGGCGCCGCAGUCGCGCACGCCCCAACAGCGACGGCGGCUGAUCGCAAAGCCGCCGCCACACUCUCUUCGCUCGACGCACAAGACGAUAAUGGCGGUGGCAAGAAAGGCGUUGAAGGCAAAGCGCUGGAUCAAGCUAUGAAGAACCUGAACGUGAAAGAUGCCAAGGUUGAGGCGAAGACGGAUGGCAAGGUCGAAAUGGCUGAUGUCAACUUGCUGAUCAAGGAGCUCAAUGUGAAUAAGCAAACGGCCACAGAUCUGCUGAAGAGGUAUGAGGGCAGUGCGGUAAAGGCUAUGAGCGCCUUUGUCGCGGGGAGAGCUUAA